AUGUUUUUCAAUGAGACAAAUCCCACUAAAGUGAAUACUACUACUUCAGACAAUAAUAAUGUCCUGACUAUCAGACCUAGAAUUGCGAUAAGCAUAGUGCUAAAGCCUGCUUGGAGUUAUAUUGCUCCAGUCGACCCAGAGGCUGAUACAUAUACACCUAACAAGUUUUAG